GCGGAUGGGCGGUGCCACCUCACGGAGCGGUGCGCGACUUCCUCACGCUCCGCCAGGCUCCCGGCGGCGGGACCGUGGAGGCCGACGUUCCGCGGGGCUGCGAGUCUUCCGGGAGUGCGAGCCAGGAAUCGCCAACUCACCACUAUGAAGAUGGAACCGGAUCGUCCCCAGAGAUUGUUUCUGGUCUAACAGUUGUUCAUCCGGAUUGGAAACCUUCGUCCUGCUGGUCUUGGCGGUCUCCUCAUUCAUGUCCCAGCUUACAUCUCACGGUCUCUGGGAUUCCCUCCAUAACUGAUGCAGAAAUGAACACAGAAGCAGAGCAACAGCUGCUCCAUCAUGCCAGAAAUGGCAAUGCUGAAGAGGUGAGACAGCUGCUAGAAACCAUGGGAAGGAACGAGAUCAUUGCUGACAUUAAUUGCAAAGGGAGAAGUAAGUCUAAUUUGGGUUGGACACCUCUUCAUCUGGCAUGCUAUUUUGGACAUAGACAAGUGGUCCAGGAUCUCUUAAAGGCUGGUGCAGAAGUAAAUGUAUUAAAUGACAUGGGAGACACGCCACUUCAUCGUGCUGCCUUUACAGGACGAAAGGAGUUGGUAAUGCUUCUUUUGGAAUAUGAUGCUGAUACAACUGUAGUUAAUGGAAAUGGACAGACAGCAAAAGAAGUGACUCAUGACAAAGAAAUCAGAAGCAUGCUUGAAGCUGUAGAAAGGACUCAACAAAGAAAGCUUGAAGAAUUACUUUUAGCAGCAGCAAGAGAAGGCAAAACAGCAGAUCUCACAGCUCUGCUCAACAGGCCAAACCCUCCUGAUGUUAACUGUUCGGAUCAGUUAGGAAAUACACCCUUGCACUGUGCUGCUUACCGGGCUCAUAAGCAGUGUGCCUUAAAGCUUCUCAAAAGUGGAGCCGACCCUAAUCUGAAGAAUAAAAACGAUCAGAAACCCCUUGACCUUGCCCAGGGUGCUGAAAUGAAACACAUUCUUGUUGGUAAUAAGGUCAUCUACAAAGCAUUGAAACGAUAUGAAGGCCCUCUCUGGAAGAGUUCAAGAUUUUUUGGCUGGAGAUUAUUCUGGGUAGUGUUAGAACACGGAGUCCUUUCAUGGUACAGGAAACAGCCUGAUGCAGUCCAUAAUAUUUAUCGCCAGGGAUGCAAACACCUAACUCAAGCAGUGUGCACGGUAAAAUCUACUGAUAGCUGCCUCUUCUUUAUUAAAUGCUUCGAUGACACUAUUCAUGGCUUCAGGGUUCCUAAGAAUAGCCUUCAACAGACAAGAGAGGACUGGCUGGAAGCAAUAGAAGAGCAUUCUGCUUACAGCACUCACUACUGUUCCCAGGACCAGCUGACUGAUGAUGAAGAGGAGGAUGCCGUUUCUGCUGUGGACUUGAAGGAAUCCUUGGAGAAAGCACAGACAUGCCAACAGAGACUAGAUAGGGAAAUUUCCAACUUUCUCAAAAUGAUUAAGGAGUGUGACAUGGCUAAAGAAAUGCUUCCACCAUUACUUCAGAAGGUUGAAGUUGUCUCUGAAGCUUCUAGAGAAACUUGUGUAGCUUUGAGUGAUUGCCUUAAUCUCUUCACUAAACAAGAAGGGGUGAGGAAUUUUAAAUUGGAACAGGAGCAAGAAAAAAACAAAAUUUUGUCAGAAGCGCUGGAGACGCUAGCCACGGAACACCAUGAACUAGAGCAGUCCCUGGUUAAAGGCUCCCCACCUGUCAGCAUCCUUAGUGAGGAAGAGUUCUAUGAUGCACUGUCAGAUUCCGAGUCCGAACGGACCCUGAGUAGAUUGGAAGCUGUGACCGCACACUCCUUUGAAGAGGAAAGAGAACACCUGAGCAGCGGAAAGCACAGAAUGUCCGAAGGAAAAGACUGUGGUGGUGGAGAUGCUCUCUCCAAUGGCAUCAAAAAACACAGAACAAGCUUGCCUUCCCCUAUGUUUUCCAGAAAUGACUUCAGUAUCUGGAGCAUCCUCAGAAAAUGCAUUGGAAUGGAACUCUCCAAGAUCACCAUGCCAGUUAUAUUUAAUGAGCCUUUGAGCUUCCUUCAGCGACUCACUGAGUAUAUGGAGCACACAUACCUCAUCCACAAGGCCAGUUCUCUUGCUGAUCCUGUGGAAAGGAUGCAGUGUGUGGCUGCAUUCGCUGUGUCCGCUGUUGCUUCUCAGUGGGAACGCACUGGAAAGCCUUUCAACCCACUUCUGGGAGAGACUUACGAGUUAGUUCGAGAUGACCUUGGUUUCAGACUCAUCUCCGAGCAGGUCAGCCAUCACCCACCUAUUAGUGCAUUUCAUGCUGAAGGAUUAAACAAUGAUUUCAUCUUUCAUGGCUCAAUUUAUCCCAAACUGAAGUUCUGGGGGAAGAGUGUAGAAGCGGAACCCAAAGGAACCAUCACGUUGGAGCUCCUUGAACACAAUGAGGCAUACACGUGGACAAAUCCCACCUGCUGUGUCCAUAAUAUCAUUGUGGGCAAACUCUGGAUUGAGCAGUACGGCAACGUGGAGAUCACAAAUCACAAGACUGGGGACAAGUGUGUGUUGAAUUUUAAGCCGUGCGGCCUUUUUGGUAAGGAAUUACAUAAAGUUGAAGGCUUCAUUCAAGAUAAAAGCAAAAAGAAGCUCUGUGCCCUCUAUGGGAAGUGGACAGAAUGUCUGUACAGUGUUGACCCCGCCACAUUUGACGCUUACAAAAAAAAUGACAAGAAAAAUACCGAAGAGAAGAAGAACAGCAAACAGAUGAGCACUUCUGAGGAGUCGGAUGAAAUGCCAGUGCCAGAUUCUGAGAGUGUGUUUGUCAUCCCUGGAAGCGUCCUCCUGUGGCGAAUAGCCCCGCGGCCUCCGAACUCUGCCCAGAUGUAUAACUUCACUAGCUUUGCAAUGGUUCUGAAUGAAGUAGACAAGGAAAUGGAGAGUGUGAUUCCUAAGACGGACUGCAGGCUACGGCCUGACAUCAGAGCCAUGGAAAAUGGAGAAAUAGAUCAAGCUAGUGAGGAAAAAAAGCGACUUGAGGAGAAGCAGAGAGCGGCCCGCAAGAACAGGUCCAAGUCGGAGGAGGACUGGAAGACGAGGUGGUUCCAUCAGGGUCCUAAUCCCUACAGCGGAGCCCAGGACUGGAUUUACUCGGGCAGCUACUGGGACAGAAACUACUUCAAUUUGCCUGACAUUUAUUAAAGUGUAGACAAGUUGGGGGCAUUUGGCUAAUCUACAAAUAAGUCUUAAACCUAUGUUUUAAAAUUUUUCUUCCUUGGUUUCUACUCAUCUUAAAAGACAAAGCCGUCUCAUGAUAACUUGCAUUUCACCCAACCAAAGUAGGGCAUGAGGUGAUCUCGGCGAUGAAAGUCUUAGGAAAAAUGGGUAAUUUUGCUAUCCAAACACACUUAUUUGGAAUACUGUUUUAUACGGAGGUUUGGGAAACUGCUGACUAUGCUUUUGAUGGUUGCUGUUGCCAUAUUUACUGAAGGUUUAUACCUAAAUGUAACUUUAGCUUUAUGGAAUUAUAUAGUAACCCAAAUCAAGUUAUUUUGAAUAUUUUUAUGCUGUUAUGCUUGAAUGUUUUAGAUGUAACUUUGAAAUGUUUAAUAUUCUCCUAUACAACGUUUAUGUGCUCAAAUAUAGAGAAAGGGUGUCAUUUUGCAAAGACCACAUUGAAAAGAUGGCCUUUCUUCAUACUAAGCCUCUCAGUUUUACCCCUUCCCACUUCUAAAAGAAAAAAAAAAAUGCCUGAACGUUCAGAUAGUCCUGAUUUGGAAAUUCUAAGCUGGAAAAGGUAUUUCAUUUGCUUAUUUUAGCACUCUGAAUUUACUUUUACAGUUUUCUCUAAUGUUACUAGAAUUAAAAGGUGUUUAAAUUGUACAUGUUCAAAUUGAAAAUAUGUAUAAAACCUAGCAAUUCAUAAAAAUACCCUAGAAUAGAGAUUUUAAUCACCGAUUACAUAAUGACAAACCUUUUUAAAUGCUUCAACUCCCAGUGGCAGAUGCCACCAGAAGAAUUCAGUUGUACUCCUGUAUUAUAAAUGUCAAACUCUAUAAUAAGAGGUCUCGUGCACUUCAAGUUUGCAAGGCACCUGCGUACUUAAGAUACGUACGGAGACCUACUGUACAGUAGCUUUGCCCCUUUAAUUGGGGUACAUUAAUCUUACGGUAUUUAUCCACCCAACCCCAGACUGAGAUACUGUUCCAGGGGACCUUAGGUAGCUGCCAGUAAGUUAUUUUAAUGGCUGUCUUGAAGUUAACAAGUGUUAUAAUGAAAUAAUCCACCUGAUGCUAAAUAAAGGCUUUAGAAUGUUCAAAACAA